AUGGAUUCCAUACUCUACUUCUUCCGCAACCAGCGCGUCCUGCCGUCGGUGGAGUCUAACGAUCCGCCGGCGACAAAGAAGGCGGCGGCAACGGCGGCAGGAAAUUCGGCGGCCGGCUCGCCGACUUCUUCCUCCUCGUCCCCAUCGGCAGCAUCCGCGGCGUCGCUGGCCGUAUCUGGCAUGUCGGACACUCCGUCCCCACCCCAGCGACUCUUGGACGAUGACCGCACACCAACCACAAAGCGAAAGGGGGCGCCUUUGGAGAGUGGCCGCACAGCGGCCGUUGUCGCAAAACGGUGGAAGGCGCUCAACAAGGAGAUGGAUAGGGCCACCUCCGAUCAGUUCGCCGCACGCAUCAUCCGCCAACCUGUGUCCAUUUCGGCAAAGUUGAACGGGGCUAAGAGCACCGACUCCAGCACCAAUGCCGGUGCUGAUGGAAGCUGGGCAGGCCGGUUUAACCCACUGCACCUGGUCCACUCGGUCAAGGUGAAGGAGGAAGAUAUGGGAGACGAGGCACGUCUGGCUAGGAAUCUGAGCGGCCUGCACGACAUUCCUGCGGCGAGCACACACGACAACGAACAUGACACCGUCCAAGACCAUGGCAGGAUUGUUGUGGCUAGAAGCGAAUACGACCUGCGCCUCGAGGGAGAGCAGGAGAUGCGCGAUACAGAGGUUCCAGACAGCCAGGAAAUCACAGAAAGCGAGGCCGGUGUCGAGGCACUUAUGCGGGAUGCAGAAGACGACGAUGCCCAUGGGGACGGCGACAACGAAGAGGACACGGAAGAGGAUGAGGACGACAGCGGGUGGUAUGAUCCUGCCCUGAGCGCCAACACCUACCCGAAUCCCGGCCUUCCACAGCAAGUGCAGUCCUUCACUGGCAGCUUAGACCGAAGCGGCACCGGCCAGCCUGCUGCCGACACCGACGACUACGAUUCGGACGAUCUGGAAGACGAGGACGAGGACGAGGACGACGGCGUCGACGAAAACUGGGACUGGCUCUUCGAAGCCGAGCCAACGGACGCCAACAGCAACGGUGCCGUGCCUGCCGAAAGCGACUACUACUGGUCAGUUGAUGCUGAUGAGCGGACGGCCUACGAGCAAGGCGUGGCUGCUAUUGACGGCUACGACACCGGAUGGACGGCAGACGAGAAGCGCCUUCACCGGCUGCUCUCGCUUCGUGGCUUCCACCCGCUGCUGCCGGCUACCUGGACACGCGACUUUUUGGGUGUGCCCGUGUACCCGUCCCUGUUUGCAACCGCGGACGGUGAUGCCCCCGAGCCGACCCGCCCGGUGGCCAUCAACAACUUCGGCAGCCAGUUUCACGCCACCAAGGCACUGCGUGCGUUGUUCGACCUCCAGUCGCGGGUUAGUGGCCUGCGGCAGACGGGCCACAACACGGCGCGCAUUGGCGCCAUCAUUGAGCGCGAGCUGCGGCGGUACAUUGCCUGGGCCGCCGCCGACGCCGGACUCGACCGCUGCGGGCCCCUCGCGGCCAUGCCCAACAUUGCGGCCAAGCAGUUCCGCGUGGGCCGCCCAGAGCGCUCGCCCAACAAGAAGGGCAAGAAGACCAAGAAGCGCAGCAUCGCGCGCCAGGUGCAGGACUUUUUUGGCGACUGGGUGGCGCGGUACCGGGCCUACUAUGCGGGCCUGCCCGCGUUUGAUGUGGACGAAGCAGAAGGCGAGACGCAUGGUGCUGGUGCUGGUGCUGGUGGUAAGCGCCGCCUCCGUCCGCCGCGGCUGCUGUACGGGUUCGUGGUUGUGCAGCACGCGGUCAUGUUGCUCGUUGUGGACGCGGCGGGCAACCGCAGCAGCCGGCACCCGCGGCCGCGCUGUCUCGCGGAUUUCAACCUGUCGCUCGGCGACCGGUGGCUGGAUGCGAGCCUCAGCGUCGCCAUCCCCGUGCACGUGGCGCGGGCGGCGCAGAUGCGGUGCCGGCGCGGCUUGAAGCUGCCGACGGCGGCUGUUGACGAUGCGGACGACGAUGCAUAG